CGUCAUAUCCUUCUAAAAAACGGAAAGGAAGAUAACUUUAUGCGGAAGUUCAAGAAGGAAAACAAAUAUCUUGUUAGGAAGACUAUAUCCCUUUCUAUGUCAGUACCAUUCGCGAAUUAAAACAGCUGACAUUUUUUCGAACGAUAUUGUCCUUCGCAGUCGUCAUUAUCUCGACAUAAACAGUCUCAAAUAAGACCGUAUACACGAUGGAGUUCUUGUUUGGGAAGAGGAAGACCCCAGAGGAGAUGCUGCGACAGAACCAGAGGGCACUGAAUCGAGCUAUGAGAGAUCUGGACAGAGAGCGGCAAAGACUGGAGCAGCAGGAGAAGAAAAUCAUUGCUGACAUUAAGAAAAUGGCCAAACAGGGACAAAUGGACGCUGUCAAAAUUAUGGCGAAGGACUUGGUUCGCACACGGCACUAUGUGAAGAAAUUUAUUAUGAUGAGAGCAAAUAUCCAGGCGGUCAGUCUGAAGAUUCAGACUCUCAAAUCAAACAACAGCAUGGCACAGGCAAUGAAAGGAGUUACAAAAGCGAUGGCUACCAUGAACAGACAGAUGAAGUUGCCACAGAUUCAGAAGAUUAUGAUGGAGUUUGAACGACAGAGUGAGAUCAUGGACAUGAAAGAGGAGAUGAUGAAUGAUGCCAUAGAUGAUGCCAUGGGUGAUGAGGAUGAUGAGGAAGAGAGUGAUGCCGUUGUGUCCCAAGUGUUGGACGAGCUCGGUCUCAAUCUCUCAGAUGAACUCUCAAAUCUGCCCUCCACGGGAGGUAGCCUUUCUGUGGCGGGUGGGAAGAAAGCCGAACCCCAGGCCGCCCUUGCAGAUGCAGAUGCUGACCUGGAGGAGAGACUAAAUAACCUCAGGAGAGACUGAUUGUGGAGGAACUGACACGACAGCGCUUUUCGACCGCAAGGGCGCUAAUACAAAUACUCAGCAACUCAGAGCUCCGUAUGUGCUGUUCUUUUAGGAAGAGUGCCGGAGGAAUGCUGGAGGGCUUCAAUGCAAUUUCCAUGUGAUUAUAGUAUAUGGCUUUUUUUUUUUUUUUUUGCAGGUGGUGGUGGUGGUGGUGGUGGUGGUGGUGGUGGUGGUGUUGUUGUUUUACGUGUGCGGUCUGUUGUCUUUUAUUAACGAUGGAUUAGUUAUUAUCCUUACUCAUUAUUCUCUCAAAAUAGUCUUUAAAGGUGGGAUUAUUUGUAUGAAUAGCCUACACCAAAAGGUGUGUUGUCUACACAUCUUUGGCAAAUUGAACACUAAUUAUUUAAAGGAACCCAAAGUUGAGUGAAUUUAGACCAUCUUGUAUUAAACAUUUAGUAUUUGAUGUACAAGUAUCACCACAUUUGUACAGUCUCACCUUUCGUACCGGUGUGUCUUAGAGCAGUGAUUCUCCAAACAUCUCCUCUGGCACUGCCCGACGUUUAUUAACGCAGCCUUGAACUGGCUCGCUUGAUUCACCUACUCAAAGACUUAACAAUUGGUGACACGUAUCAGGUGUGCUAGCGGCAGAAUGCCUCAGAUACAGCGACCAGCUGGGGGCCUUAGAGGUGAGGUUUGAGAAGCACAUGUCCCACACGUCAGAUAACAUUUAACAUCAGGAUUGGUUGUUUCUUGCUUUCUUAUGAGUUACAUUAUGAAUGUACAGUAUAACCUAGAGAUCCACAGUUUUACUAUUAAUAGGACUGCAGAAAAUGCUUGUAAGAAUAUAGUUCAGAUUAACUCUUGAGUGAUAUGACUGUUAGGUCAAUGCGUUCCCCCAUUUUCCAAAUACAACAUUGAAUGCUUGUAGAAUCUGGCUAAUGUUCCUUCAUGUCCAAUGUCCAAAAAGGGUCAGUGAAUGGGGCCUACGGUAAUGUUGAAAUAGACCUUUAUCCAUACAACAUAGGCAUCAUGGGUUGUCAUGAUAAUCAACGUAAUAUUUACCAAAUGGUUGAUGGUGGUUUAUAUUUGUAAGAAAUUAUUUCCUAUUUUACCUUUACUCAAUAAACAUCUGUUUUCCACAUUUGA